CCGUAGGCCAAGCGCCUCAUCUUUCCACUUCAAACUUCAAUAUCUUUCCACUUCAAACUUCAAUUCUUCAACAUUUCUCUCUCUCUAGAGUUGGUUUUCCACUAUCUCAUUAUCUCUAAAAAAAUUCAGUAAUCAUCAUGAGUAUUAGUUACCUUUUCUUGAGUAAAAGCUCUUAAUUAUUGUAGCCAAGAUUUGAUGAACUUGGGGUCCCUCGUUUUGAAGUUAGACAGCAACGUAAGUAAUUAAAAUAUCUCCGUUAAAAAUUUCCUUAAACAUCACUGAUUUUUUUACCACCAAAUCGCAAUGCGUUGUUGCCUUGUUGUGGGCGCUGUUAAGGAUAAAAAGAUUCUGUGUUUCUUGCAAUUUGGCUCUCCUUCAAAAUUAUUGAAUUUUCGAGGUUGGAUUAGGUGGAUUGGUUUCAAUUAUUCUGCGCAAAUGGGUUGGAAGAUUUCUUUUUGUCCGAACACAAAUUUCCGGACAAUGUUUCAGGUUAGACCAAGUCAGUUUGAGCUUGAAUGUCGCCACACCAUUAGGUCUCACGGGAGGAAACUUGCUCGAGAUCACAAGCACGAUUGGCUGAUUUUGUUAGUACUUGUGGUAAUAGAAAUCACUCUGAAUGUCAUCAACCCGUUCUAUAGGUUCGUUGGGAAAGGCAUGAUGGAAGAUCUUAUGUAUCCGAUGAAGGAAAACACUGUCCCCCUUUGGGCAGUUCCUUUGUAUGCAGUUUUGCUGCCUAUGACCAUCUUUUUUCUCUAUUACCUUCGGAGAAAUGAUGUGUAUGAUCUGCACCAUAGCGUGCUAGGGCUGCUAUUCGCUGUGUUGAUAACGGGAGUUCUCACAGAUGCCAUAAAAGAUGCAGUUGGCCGCCCCCGGCCAGACUUUUUCUGGCGUUGCUUUCCUGAUGGGCGUGAUGAGUAUGAUCGUUGGGGCAAUGUGGUGUGUCAUGGAAAACCGGGCGACAUAAAAGAAGGGCACAAGAGUUUCCCGAGCGGUCAUACUUCAUGGUCAUUUGCAGGUCUAGGUUUUCUGGCAUUGUACAUGUCAGCAAAAAUAAAAUGCUUUGAUCGCAGCGGGCACAUAGCAAAACUGUGCAUCGUUUUCUUCCCUAUCCUGGCUGCAUGUCUCGUUGGUAUUUCUCGUGUGGACGACUACUGGCAUCACUGGCAAGACGUGUUUGCCGGAGGCAUCCUAGGCCUUGUAGUUGCUACCUUCUGCUACCUGCAGUUUUUCCCACCUCCAUACCAGAAUGAAGGAUGGGGUCCAUAUGCAUAUUUCCGCGCUGUGGAGGACCUUCGUUCCAACUCUCUACCCCAGGACGCGUUAGGAACGAACCAGCAACGGGCAGCCACAAGCAGCGGCGUCGGGGAUUCCAAUAUUGACUCAGCUUUUGAUGCCACGGAGUCAGGAAGAAAGUAGAGCUACUUGAUCAACUCAUCAGACUUGGUAGUUAUUCUGUGUGGUUGGUUCUCUUUCAUUGUUUACCCUUUGUUCUUGUAAAUAAAUCUUAACUGAAAGCGUGCUUUACCAAUCUACUUUUGACAAUUUACCUAUGUAAGCUUGAGCUCCGUCGCGAAUCACUCAUUUAGCUAUUUAAACAAGUUCUAAAAUGGAAAA